GUUCAUAUUUCAACUAUAUAUGAGUGUACCAAAUAUAGUUUCCCUCACUUCACACUUUCUAAUCACGCUUGUUGUUUUUAGUGUUCUCACUUUGUUUUCUUUUUCCGUCUCAACAACAUGGAAGUACCUCAUGACAUUGCUUUUGAGAUAUUCUCAUGGCUACCGGCAAAAAGUAUUUGUAAGUUCAAUUCAACUUGUGAGACAUUCUCUAAAUUUUCACAAGAAACCACUUUUAAAACAAACCAAACUCGUAAUUUGUUGCGGAAGGAUGACACAUGUUUCUUCAUUCAACCCGAGAAAACAAGGCAAAAGUUCAAAAAAAGAGUUGAGUUACAUUCUUUACCUAAAGAGAAACAAUCUUCUGGUGUUCCUAAUAAUGUUCUUACAUUCCUAUCAAAUUCAGUUUCUGUCUUAGCUUCUUGUAAUGGUUUGGUUCUUUGCCGCACCAUUAAUGAUGAUUCACUUGACUUGUUCAUUUGUAACUCAAUCACAAAGUCUCGGUCUUCGAUUCCUAUCCCAGAGUCACUUCAAAUAAACGAUAAUUUUGCAAAUAUUAAUAUCAUGUUAGACUGCUCCCGUAGCAACCUAGAUGAUUACUCGGUGUUUUUGUUUAAAGAGACAAAUUUCAAGGAAUGGUCACCAACUUACAUAUGCAAUGUUUAUCAUGGAAAAGAAGGCGCAUGGAAAACAAUGGCAAAUAGAUUUUUCCCCGGUGGAAGAGACAUAAAAUUUGACAUGGCUGUGUUUCAUAACAAAGCCAUUCAUGUUAUCUCGGAUAGUGCUUUUUACUUUACGAAAUCAAGUGCUUUUUAUGAUCCAUAUAUAAUGUCUUAUAAUCUGGAAAAUGGCACAUCAACUUUGCUUAAGUUGCCAACAGAGGCGAUAAAAGAUUGUCAUAACAUGUGUAACAUGAGCAUAUUCAAUUGGGGUAAAGUCACAAGUUCCAAUAGUUCCAUUUGUUUGGUGAAAUUAAGAGAUUCUAUUUUUACAAUUUGGAUUUUAAAAGAUUAUAAGUCAAGUUCAUGGGAAAAGCUUUUGGAAUUGAGAGUGGAAGCAUUGGAAUUGAAGGAGAAAAAUCCUAAUGUUACCGGGUUUACCAUUAUGAACGGUGAUCUUUUAGUUUUUGCAACGGAGAAAAAUGUUUAUAGUUGUGGUUUAGACAAUGAGAAAUCUAUGAAGGUUGAAGAAAUAUGCCAACACAACUGUGGAUCUAACACUUGUUUUAUCGCAUACUCGGAUACUCUUCGAUCGUGUGGGACUAAUGCUAAAACUAUGUCUUGUUAGGAGAUGAUGUUGCAUUGCUCUUCGCGGUCUGCUAUUCAUUUCCUCUAAUGACUCAAUUUAAAACCUACCGAAAUGACUCUUUAAAGAAGGGCUUGGUUCACAAGAAAAUAAUGAGAGGGUCGAAUUGCAACUGUAGUUGUUAUAUAUUAUAUGUU